AUGCGCUCUGGGCGGUGGGCCCCGGUUGCGAGACUCGCGAUGCCGACCGCGGCGCACGCCAAUGUGGCUUCAAGGCGCCUUGGCUUUGCGCCGCGCGGCGCAGCCACAGCGAGGCACCUCGCGAGGGGGCCACUCUGCCCCGACGAGGGGAGACGCCUUCGAACACGCCGGUGCCGCUGGCCGUGCGGCGCUUCUGAGGGCGAUCGGUCGUUCCAGGAUUUGGCAAGGGAACUGGAGGAUUUGGACAACAGCGGGCUGCACAGCUUCUUGCAGAGACACAGAGACCGAGUCACUCUUGAAUUCCUCAAUUGGCUGUCAGAAAGCAGCCACUCGAAUGGCCACUUGUGGAGUCUUGGGGGCAGGCUCCUUGCAGCUCGGGAGGGACUAGAGCCCGUCAGUCAUGAGUGUCUCAGGGACGCUGUUGGGCAGCAGGUUGAGGAAAAGCUGGGCCCAGCUUCCUCAGAGCUGUUCAUGAAGCAGUCAGCACCACUCACUGUUGAAGGUCUCCAAGCCAUGGAAAGGCAGGCGAGGGAGCUGGAAAGUCUCACCCAGGAGGCUCGUCGGCGUUCUGUGACUCAGAUUGUGGGGAGGAAAAGGCUGAACGAUGGAAACAUGACAUCAGUAUCAGGCCUCGAUGUGGCAGACCGUAUUCUGGAUGUGCUGGUGGAGUUAGACAGCAGCGCAGAUCUCAAUGCGGCACUCGUUGACGCUAUCACGCCAGCAGACGCAGAGAAAGAACCCCAGGCACAGCGGCAUCGCGGCACCGCUGGAGGUCUGGACGACCACGUUCCAGAAGGCGUUGAUGAGGGCAGCUCGCCAGACACCGGGGGCGGGAGCGACACACAGGAGUUUCUUUCCACAACGCCGUUUCAGCUCUUGCGCGUGAUCGACUCCAGGCUGGCUCAAAUGGCCUGCGAAGAUGGCGAUGGGGCUGCUGAGAAGAAGUUGGAAAGGUUGCGUGAGUUACGGACAGGAGUGAUUAAGAACCUGGAGAAUGCAAUGGGCACAAGAGCUGUUGAAUGA